GCAGCCAAGCUGGUGCGGACCAUAGUUGUAGAAGAGAAGGUUCAGGAUGUUGCGGAUUUCGAGUCAUUCGUGUUAUUACCCGCGUUGUACGAUGUUGUGGCGAGGGGCAUUGGCGCUGCUACUAACGCUACGACGUUGCACUUGCGUGGCAUCACCUCGAAUCUUCCCCUUCAAUUAAUUUCUUCGGUUAUACCUCAACUUCGCCACUUGAUUGUAGACUGUUCCAGUGAUGAAUUGUUUCGUGCUGCAGAGUCAGAACAGUUGGUUGAACUCCUCGCAUCAUUCACCUCCCUUACUACACCUACCCCCGCCCAAGCCUCAAUAUCUUUCGUAAACUCCGUCGAACGCUCCCAUCUUUCAUCGGUUAUGAUGGCACUUAAAACGUGCCGCGGGAUUUGUGAUAUUGUCCUGCAUGUGGACAACGUGGACUUCGGAGUGGCACAAGAGAUCACACUCCCUCUGAGAGGAAACACUUCUGUCACUAGUGUCUCAGUUUGUGGCGACUUUUCUACUGACCCAUACACGAUGAAAUCUACCUUCUUCAAAGACCUUCCUCCCGUUAUAGAAAGACUGCCUAAUCUUUUGCGGCUUGCAUUUGAUGCGCCAGCAGUUCGGUCGCUUCAGUCCAACCGAACUAUCCCGCGUUCAACGGAAAUGGAGUCCUCGUUCGUGCAGCAUCUGUCAAGACAUCCUUCGUUAACGUGCAUCCAAUUCCCUUCUGGGACAAUUUGGUCUGGGAUCCCCAAUAUUUUGUUAAACCAGAAGCUUUGGGAACCAACCUUGGUUUCCGAUGAACAGAGAGAUUGGUGGCUCACGGCCAGUAGAAUCAUCACGUUUCCCGGGACAUUGGGGCAUCCCUUUAUAGGGUCUCCGGGACUGUCAUCUGAUCGUUCCACGCCGGAGUCUCCAGACUCCCCCAGCCCUCCCCAUCCGUCAUUUGAUGGCCACAAUAUUCUCGCCGAACAUUGCAAAUAUGGCGACGUCUUCAUCCUUGAUGACGAGGAGAAGUUGGACGAAGACUUCUUCGGUUUUGGCUCCGUUGCACAUACAGCACAGUCCAGGUCAUCACCCACCCCUCUUCAGUCGUGGACGGAUAGAAGUGCGGAGGGGACAAUCUUUGGAUCGUCACCCUCAUUGGACCCUAAUUUGUCGAGUGGAGAGGACUGGGCUUUGGUCCAAUUAAGUCCCAAGUUUUCGCAUGAUGUGCCGCCGAUUAGCGUGCGUUAUUGAGGAAUGGACUCUUAUCGCAAAAUGUAUGUCAUAAUUUGCGGUAUGAACCUGGAUGGCGUUGUCUUUAUUUAUCUAUUUUUGCAUUGCACGGACACGGCCUUUCUUCAGAGUAACUGUAUCACUUGCAUGCAUGUACAUAUAUUCUACGGACUUGCAAUAGCACUUGGGGGCAUACUGGCAACACUGCAUUUGUUGAUGUGGCACUUCGGUGAUAAUGGCUUAAAUUAGCAGU